UGUGUGACGCUCACUUCGGGAAAGUUUCUACGAAGUUUCGCGCAGCUAGCUUUAGCCUGUUAGCUCGCUAGUAGCACGCCGUUUGCUAACUCGCCGCCGCAGCAGUCCGAUGCUGUCACUUCGAUCUGACAGUGUCACAGUAACAUUAGCAUAACAGCGUGUUUUUCAACAGCUUUAGCUCCACGUAGCUUUCAACCUGAAGUGGAAAGAAGGACAGUUACACACUUAACAAGCAUCACGCUACAGCCUCACGGUGAUGUUGUGAGGUGUAAAGGAUCAAGCUCCUGACACCAUGGAUAUGGAUACGCAGCCACAAGGACAGCAAGCAGCAGUGCCAGUCUUCCAACCCCAGAAACCACUGCAGCCAGAUAUGGGCCAUAAUUCCCUCGCCAACUUCCAGAUCGAGAAGAAGAUUGGUCGUGGGCAGUUCAGUGAGGUAUACCGGGCGAGGUACCUGCUAGACAACACAUCAGUGGCCCUGAAGAAGGUCCAGAUAUUCGACUUGAUGGAUGCCAAAGCUCGGCAAGAUUGCAUCAAAGAGAUAGAUCUCCUUAAGCAAUUGAACCACCCCAAUGUGAUAAAGUACCACGCAUCCUUUAUCGAGGACAAUGAGCUAAACAUAGUCCUGGAGUUAGCGGAUGCCGGGGACCUCUCACGUAUGAUCAAGCACUUUAAGAAGCAGAGGAGGCUUAUCCCAGAGAGAACGGUGUGGAAGUACUUCGUCCAACUCUGCAGUGCGCUCGAACAUAUGCACUCCCGGAGGGUCAUGCACAGAGAUAUCAAGCCAGCCAAUGUUUUCAUCACAGCCACAGGAGUAGUGAAACUAGGAGACCUGGGACUGGGACGAUUCUUCAGCUCCAAAACAACUGCCGCUCAUUCGCUAGUGGGUACUCCUUACUACAUGUCACCGGAGAGGAUACAUGAAAACGGAUACAACUUCAAAUCUGACAUCUGGUCGCUAGGAUGUCUGCUCUAUGAGAUGGCAGCUCUACAGAGCCCGUUCUACGGGGAUAAGAUGAACCUUUACUCCCUUUGUAAGAAGAUAGAACAGUGUGACUACCCCCCUCUUCCCUCAGAUCACUACUCAGAGGAGCUGAGGAACUUGGUAGAUAUGUGCAUCAACCCCGACCCAGAGAAGAGGCCGGACAUCACCUACGUGUACGACAUCGCCAAACAAAUGCAGAACCACACACAGGGCAGCUAAGCCCAAAGUUACACACCUGACCGCUUUGCAGAACUUCUCCCGACACCACAACCCCCCCCCCCCCCACCCACCCGCUUUUCAUGCUGGACUUGUACACAUCUGUCAGCUUUUAUACAACAACUUAGUCCAGAGUUUAGCUCCCUGUGAUAAUUAGAGCUUGAAACAGAUUGAUAUUUCCAGGGUGAUGCCACAGUCUACAACACCACUGACUCCCAAACCAUUUCUGCCCUACGAUAAAGAUUAUAGAGAUUAUAAUUGUUUUGUCACGUGGAACUCCCAUUCCUUAGGUUUCAAUGUUACACCCCUGAGAAUCAGUGUCUUGUAGCUCAUUGAUGUGUUUGUUGCUGUGGCUUUAAAAAGCAUGUCCGUUGUAUUUUCACAUAAGGAAGUAAAGCCAUUCCUCGGAAGAUUCUGUUUAAAGCAGAUAUACUAGAAAAUGUUCAAAUUAGCAAACAGGAGUGUGAUGUCCAGUGUUGCCUGCUGUCCUCAAAGCAAUUCAUCAAUGCAAAGAUUAUUCAAAAUAGCAUCUUUUGUUUUGAUGCGUCCCGUGUUAAACAAAUGACUCAAAAAAAAAAAAAGACCGUGAAAACUUUUCGAACGACGGUACCUCCUGAAGUGAAGAGAUUCUCUAUCCAUGUCAGAAGAAGUGAGAGACGUACAGAGCGGUAUUGACGGUUGAAGUGUUGUUGUGUUGCACUUUAAAAAAAGAAUCCUGGUAAAAGAAGGCUGGAAGGGCGAUCAGGCCUAAUGAAUGUAUUAGGAAAGGAAAGAUCAUGUGCAGGGUAGACUUGAGAUGCGCUGGGGGAAGGAACAUGGGCAGAUGUCUCCACAACACUUUGAAUGCAAGUCAAGUCGACACCUAUGUAUUGUCUUUGAAAAGAUUCAGAGUGUCUUUUUUUCUUGACAGCCUGGAAGGAGUGGUAGAAACUGUUACACAAGCAGUUUUACAUCUGCUGUUUACCUUCGUCACCGACACCUAAAUAUCUAACUCCCCGGUGCAGCUUUAGCAACAUGUACUGUUAUUACUUAGUGUCAGGUUUAAAAACAAAAAAUAGAUAUAAUCAUGAUAAAGCAAAGUAUGAAAUGAUUAAACACGUAGUUCUCCAUGGACCCACCAGCUUGUUAACGUUGCUGUGUCCGUUUGCAGUGUUGUUAUGAUGUGUUGAAAGAGAUCAGUGCCUCGUGUAGCGUCCAUUUCAUGAGAAAAAUCCCAGCGCGCCUCCAGAACUUCUGCUGAGUUACCAAAGAGUAAAGUCACACAUAGAGAGAGCAGCUUAUAUAUAUUUACAGUGUGUUAAAACUUCAUGAGAAAUGUGUCAGACAAACGCAGAUAUAAGGAACAAGCACCAAUAAGGUUUAUUUGCUACUGUAGAUGAGUGAAGAGGUUCCUGUAGUUUUAAUACCAAAGGGUUGUGAUGACCCUUUAUUCAUUUGGAGGGAGGGAACGGUGAUAGAUUUUUUUCUUGUAACAGUAUAAGUUUUACACCAGUGGGUCACAGACGACCAUCACUGACUUGGGCUGGUUUACAUAAAGACAGUCAGGCCACAUGGAAGGUACAGCAUGUAAACAAUGAUUGAUAACGCUUUAUUUGAGUCUCUUAUGACUUAUCAAAUAGCCUCAUAACUGGUCGGUUGAAUUAUCGCUCAUGUUCUCCAUGUUUUAGUUUUUUCUUGUUUUUUUUAAUUAAAUCAAAGCUUGUAGGAGCAGGAAAAUAAGUUAUUUUAUUAUGGUUAACAGAAUAUUUUGAUAGUGUGUUGCUACUAGUUAUAUUUUCUCAGACGUGCAAAUACAGUGUUUGCAAUUAUUGUUUGCAAUUGUCUAUAAUUUUUGCUCCUUUCUCUUCUAAUGAAAUGAUUUCUUUAAAAAAAAUGUAAUAACUACCUUGAUUGUUGUUCCUCUUCACCCUCUGUGCUGUUUACCCUCUCUCUCUCUCUCUCUCGCUCGCUCUUUACUCUCUCAACAAGCACAUCUGUGUUACCUUUCAGUAUUGUUGUAAUUUCAGGGGAGCAAUCGCUUCAAAGCACUUUCUAUAUGUUUUAGUCGCUAUGCAAAAUUCCUUUAAUAAAUUGGUCAUAUUUUACAGCAGAAAAACCCAAAAAUGAAUUCUCCGGUGGUCGAUGAGAAAGAGAGUUUGAGCUUUGACUGUAUCCAACCAAAGUAUCUGUCUUUUCUAAGAGCUUCAAUGAUUGAUUUACGUUUACACCCUUUUUAGACUCCAAAGCACUGCUGUUGUUUUUUUAAGGAUUAUUAUUUUAUAAUCCUCUGUAGUUGAGAGUUUUUAUGCCCGAACGAUGUGGAUAUUUGUUUUUCCUCUGCGUUCGUGCUGCUCGUCCACAUGCAAACAGCGUUUUAACUAAAACUAAGAUUUCUACACACAACUUCCAAAGAGCAGACUUUCAAAAACCCUGUUUCUGUGUAUCUGUGUGUACAUGUAAUAAGUCACGUUAACACUUUGUCUGUGUCUUGAUACUGAGUGUUUUUAUGUUUUUAUGAAACAUGACAUUGCUCUUCUAUGUCCCGGCUUUUUUUGUUUUUACCUCACCUGACCUUCCUUUUCUGUACACUCCCGAGAGUCCAGGCGUUUUUUCCAGAAAGUGAAAUAUUAAAUGUUACGGUUAAUAUUUAUUCUUCUGGUAGUCUAAUUGUUAUCUGAACAUUUCAUGUCAAAUUAUAGACCAUCAUCACGAAUGCCUUGUAUGCUAACUAAGAUGCAAUAAAGCUUUGAAAUCUC